AUGCGAGACUUGACUAUAAAUACAGUGAUAUUAGAGAACUUUGCGCUACUUUUGCCGUUCAAAGACCGAUACUUUAACGGACAGUAUAUUAAAAACAUGGUAUUAAAAGCGGCCAUAUUUGACUGGGUAAUGAUGGAACCGAGUAGAGUGGCCAGAUGUGCUCUAUUCGACGGCAUCGACGCCCAAUACCUGGAAGUGCUAACAAUACUGGACUCAAAGCUCACCCAACCGUUGAAUCAAAGGGAAGAGUUUGAGUGGAAAAUGUUCGCCAAAUUUGUUAACCUUAAAGCCCUACACAUAGAAAACGGUGUUUUGGUAACCGUUGGCCAACGAUUCCGCGACCUAUCCGUAGGGCAACUAAUUUCGGUCACAUUUCGCAAGAAUAUUCUGCAACACAUCGAGAGACACACAUUCGACGCAAUGGUUUCGCUCAAACGGUUGACAAUUACCCAGAAUUUGAUCACUAGUUUAGACUUUUUGGCCACAAAACACACCGUUUGGCCCAAACUAUGGUAUUUGGAUUUGAGACAGAAUUUGUUGGAAAGCUUUCCGACCACUUUAGUCGACUCAUUGCCGGCGCUUAAAGUACUAAAAUUGGGCCAAAAUAAAAUCAGGGUAAUCGACGCCAACACAAUGAACGUGCUGAUCGCCAGGUGUAGCGAGUUUCACUUUGAGAAACUACCAGGACCGAUAGACAAGAGCGGACCGGCGGACAAAGACAUCUACUUUGAGGCCCGGAAGUCGAUGGCAUGGAUUCCCAACUUUUUUCAAACUUUGCCCAAAAGUCCGUAUUUUUUCUACGAAUCGUUACAAAAGAUGAAGUGUUUGAACAUGAGGUCAAAUGAGACCAUACUGUGCGGUAAAAUCGACCCUGAUGAUUUCGACUUUCCCGACAUUGUCAAUAGUACUACCCCUCUGCCCAAUACACCGACCCCAUAUACUGAUAUUACAAGUGGCACAGUUAGUCACACUACGCCGGUAGCUUCAACUUAUAACCCAACUCAUAGCCACACACCUACGAGUCAGACACGCACUAGUGAUGAUCCGUCAACUGAGCCCUCGGUGGUAACGAAUCCAACUGAUCCAUCAGUAGAUUGGGAUAGGAUUAGCUAUUAUGUCUCAUCGUGUUUGUAUUACGAUCAUGAUCAGACAUAUGAAUGUUGUUUUGAUAAGUAA